AUGGCGGUCGAGCCCAGGGUUUUGGUCCUUGUUCUCGUCCGCGUUGGAACACUCACACACACACACUACAUUUCAAGACGCGUCCGUCUCUCCCGCCGGUGCUGCGGCUGUGCAGCAUGUUCAAGUAGUGUCCCCACCAGACGAAAGUACAGCGGUGCCGUUACCUGUUGAUUGCCAGACUAUUGUGGGCGACGGGGCGUUUGCUGGUUCUCCAUUUUUCGUGCGAUACUACGUUGAUGAUGGCGUGUUGAUUAAAGGGAGAUUUUUCGCUGAUGGCCGUCGAUGUUUGCGCACGGUGCGUUCUCUCGCUACCGAUCACCUUCGUCUGCUGGGAGAGAGAGGCCCAGCAGACCCGCCGUUGUUGUCGCAAGGAAAGAUCACAGAUUUCGCUACUCGUUUGGAUGUGUUGGGUUGGACAUUGGACACUCAGCAACUCACGAUUACUAUGACCGACACGAAACAGCAGAAACUGGGACGCAUAUUGGCUGCGUGGCCCGCGACGCGGAAAGUCGCUACAGCUCGUCAAGUAGCUGAGUUGACAGGGUUUCUUAUGCACGUUUCGUUCGUGUUGCGGCCAGGAAAGCUUUUUGUGGGGCGCCUUUUAUCCGCGGUCGGGAUGCCUGCUUCGUCUACUUUCGCGUCCCAAGUGCCAAGCCCAAACAGACGUGUAGUGUUGGGUCCAUUAUUCCACGAUGACCUCGGAUUUUGGCGGUGGUUCCACAGGCAUGGUCUCUCGUUGCGCGGCGGAAGUUUGUGUGCACCCAUGUACAAUAUUUUGGAACGCCCGCCUGCACUAUCCGUGUUCACCGAUGCGUGUAAGCAAACAAUUGGAGGGUAUUGUUUGCAAACGGGCCACUACUUUCGAUAUGAUCUGUCUGUGGAAGAGCAAGCUUGCUUUGUGGGGUCGAGCAAAUCGGUCCAGGGGGUUCAUGAUGUCAGCAUCAACGUGUUAGAGCUCCUUGGCAUGGUCAUGGGGGCAUGGGUGUUGGUAUUGGGCCGAAGUCACCAGCCUGUGGAGGCGGGUGAUUGUGUGCGCCUUCGAGAUGACAAUGAAGCAGCGACGGCGUGGAUUGAGCGUUGUCGGGGGGGCCUUGAGCCUCGAUCGGGGGCGCUGGUGCGCCUACUGGGGGCGCUGGAGGUAGCCAGCGGGUGGCAUUUCCACGCGACCCAUGUUCCCGGCAUACUCAACUCGCUUGCGGAUGGUAUCUCCCGUUGGAAUACUAACGACGUUCACGAUAACCUGUGCUCUGCCUCCCCUCAUGUGGCGUGGCAGAUCGUGGAGUUAGGCCCGAAGGAGCGCGAGUUGUGCUCCACCGUGCUGGCUUCGAGCUCGUCCGGCACGCACUUGCGCCAUCGUCUGAACGAACUUACCUGGGAUUUUUUGGAGCGUGGGUGAAGUUUCGAGAGGACGUUGUGGGGAGACCGACGUUUAUGAUGCCGUCGUCUCCAUCGCCGGAUAUUGUUUCGCAGUUGUUGGAGUACGUGGCAUACGCGUUCACGGUGCUGGGCUUGAGGCAGACGACGAUAGCUGGUCAUUUGUCUGCUGUUAAAUUUUUUCAUCGUUUGGCGUAUCCGAUGGAAGUUGAUACAUGUCAUUCUUUGAUCAAGCAAGCGCUCAAAGGGGUGGCGCGAGGGCAUGCGGGUGUUGGUGCGCAGCAACGGGUGCGACGUCCGGUGUCGUGGUCGAUGCUGAAGGAAGGGGGGCGUCUGGUGCCACAGUGGGGCACGGGUGGGCGCGUGUUGUUUCUGGCGUUGAGUGCGUCAUUUUUUUUCUUGAUGCGGGCAUGCGAAAUGUUCGCUGUGUCCUCGUUGGCCAUGGAUUCUUGUCAUGGGUUGCGUCGGGGGGACGUGGCGUUUUUUUUGGGUUCUCGCCAGUUGCCUCCGGAACGGAGGGGAGAGGCCGACAUAGUCGAGGUGCGGUUUCGGUCGUCGAAAGGCAACCAGUUUCGGAAGGACGCCGUGUGUACGCGGGCGAGGCCGGGGCCUCCCCAGUCUGUGGAGUGUGGGGGGGGUGCAGUCGAUGUGAUGAUUGAACUCCUUUCAUGCUUCCCUGUUCUCCCUUCGUCUGCUCCGUUAGUCGCGUUCGGAACCGGGGAGGGGCGAUGGUCCGUGUGGACUCGUCGUCACGCGACGGAAGCGCUGCGGCAAGUCGUGUCGUUGGCGGGUCUGCCGUCGUCCGAGUACGCGUUGCACUCCCUUCGGAUUGGGGGCGCCACGUACUUGGCAGCGGGGGGAGCGUCGCCAGAAGUUCUGAGACGAGAGGGGAGAUGGACUGGGGAAUCGGGGUAUCGGCCGUACGUAAGGAACCAUGGGAAAGAUGCAGAGUGGGUUUCUAGUACCUUGGCGUCGGAGGGUGAUUCAGGGAGACAACCAGGGCAGGGUACAGAGUGGGGUGACGUAGUCCCUGAGGCUGGUGAGGGCGAGCCGUAAAAGGAGCGGGGAGUGAAUGCGAUCAGGGUUUAUUGGUCGAUACAAGAGUGGGAACCACGGUAGGGGGGGAGAGAAAGUAUAGAUCAGUAUGGAAACCAGUCCGGGGUUAGGUUGGGGGCAUGCAUGACUUUGAGAGUAUACCUGAUGGUGCGGUGACUGGUUUAUACUGAUGGUGUUGUGGACGGGGAUAGGUUGAGAACCCCGAGUUCCGCUCCUCUCUCCCCCCCCUGUUCAAGCGUGGGGGGGUACGACCAACUAAUGCAAUUUCGAAAGCAACGAACAAAGCAGAAGAUUGCAGGGACAGAGGCGUUGAAAUCUGAGUUUUGUGAGGAGCGGAAGAUGAAAUAUCCGUUGGCCAAUCAGAGUGCAGCAGCAUGGAGUCAGCGUGAAGUGUCUGAAACCUGACCAGAAGAGUAGACUUGGGAGCACUUGUUGGUCUGCCCCAAGGAAGCACGAGGGAGGCUGCUGCAGCCAAGAGAUAUUUCGGA